AUGAGACCUGCCUUCCUGUUCCUUGUCUUCCUCCUCUGCUGCAGCCAAGCCUCUUCGCUCGUCUCCCCACCUGCCCGCCUCCUCUCCAGCGAGGCCGGAUCCUCGCCCUCUAUGCUGGUCAGCGCUCUUGGAGCGCUCCGAAAGCUCGUUCACCACAGCCAUGAAAGUCUCGCUGUUGAUGGGAAGAAUCCGUCACCCAGCAACGAGGACAGGAAGCAGUUCAUACGCAUUAGCCCCGCCGCCUACGUACAUUCUGACCUCUACAUGGAUGAGUAUGGGAUCACUCACUACAGGAAGGCGAUCAUCGAGAUCUUCAGAGUCUUGUCCAACACCAUGCAGAUCCCAGUGCCUUGCUCCUCUUGCCGGAGGAGCCAAGCGUUCGAGAAGUUUCUGAUGGAGCAGGAGAAGCGGGUACUGCCGAUCAUCUCCAUCCACUCCCAGAAACCAUCCAAGUGUAAGGAUCACGUGAGUCACUUGCUCGACGACGACGGCAGUGAUGGCCCGGGGCACUGUUGGCUGCUGUCGGACGGUCAAGGAGGGGAGUUCGUUGUCGACCUCGGGAGCAAGAGAGACAUCUAUGCCGUUGCUAUCCGGAACACGGGAGGAGGGGGAGGAGGGAACAGAGGGACGAGGGAGUUUUCGCUGGAGGUGUCAAACGACAUGAUCGAGUGGUUUUGCAAGGUCAAAGGAGAACUCUCGAACGUUGAUCACGGGAAGGGACAACUGCAAGCUGAAUGCUUCGAACUCCACUGCAAGGCUCGCUACCUCAGGUUUACAGCAGAGAGUUUUUAUGGCAAGGGGGCAGGUCUCAAUUCAUUUCGUGUGGUGGGAUACAAACACAAAGGCUGGCGGGAAGUGACGCAUCAGUGGAGGACGACGAUGACGCUGGCGCUGACCUAUCUGCUGCUCCACUCGUGGAGUUUUCCCCUUUGGAUGUUUCUACGAGGGCAGAGGGUCUACGAGACCGGCUGGGACGCUUUGAUUCUCUAG